GGUAAUCUUCUUAUCACAGAUUGGGUUGGGUUGGGGUUAUCUAUCUAUCUAUCUUGUUUGAGCUCCGCAGAGUUGAUUCCGAUAGAAAUAGAAUGGCUAUGAAUAAUGGUACCGACACAGAAACUAAGAACAACAUCUCGUUUCAUUGGGGACGAAAUUCUCAAUCACCAUUUCUAGUCGCACUCCCCAACAUCUCCAAUUUCUCCCCACCCCAACUCCCCACAUCCAUUUCCAACGCCGUUGAUCAUUUUUCCACACUUCUCCAAUCCCUCGCUUCUCAAAACCCCAUCAUUAACAAACUACUAUCACUUUCCUCUCAAUUCCACAACACUUGCUACCAGAUUCGGUGCAGUAACUACAGGAACAGGAACAGGAACAGGAGAUUGUUGAAUAAUAAUUAUCACAAUUUUGCUGCUGUUUUACCUGGGGAUUCCGUCGCUGGAUUAGUCGUGGCUAAUGGACUUUCAAAUUUCUUGAACCUUUACAACACUUUGCUUGUUUGUAGGCUUGUUCUUACUUGGUUUCCUAAUGCUCCUCCUGCUAUCGUUUCUCCCCUCAGCACUGUAUGUGACCCGUAUCUGAACGUAUUCCGUGGACUUAUCCCCCCUCUUGGAGGCCUGGAUCUCUCUCCCAUCCUAGCAUUCCUUGUCCUGAAUGCCUUUACUAGCACUGCUGCUGCACUCCCUGCUGAGCUUCCAAUCCCAGAACAAUCUAAACAAGGUCUUGAAGCAAGUUUACAGUCUACCGUUGUUACUUCUUCACAGAACAAAUGGAUGAGACGGCUUCACGGGACCGGGUCAAAGACAACCACUUCUACAAAUUAGAAUAUCAUAAUGUUUUUGUUUGUACCUCGACCUGUUUAUUUAUUUAACUUUAAAUAGGUUUCUGUUGUAACUUCACAGUUAUCAUAGUUCUAGGCAACACAAUUUUCGAGCCUGCGAUUCCUAUGAUUUUUUGUUCAGAAGUGAUGAAUUUAUUAGCAUCAUAUCAAUACAUUUUCUUUUCUCCUUGA